AUGGCGACCUCGAAAUUUCAAGCUCUGUGGAAUCACCCUGCUGGCCCUAAAACAACGCUCGCAACAUUCAAGUGGGGCAUUAGCAUAGCCAAUAUUGCUGACUCCACUAAACCACCUGAGAAAGUUUCGUAUCCCCAACAGAUAGCUGUUACAGCCACUGGAGUCAUCUGGUCACGCUACAGCACUGUGAUUACUCCUAAAAACUGGAACCUUUUUAGUGUGAAUGUUGCAAUGGCUGCUACUGGCAUCUACCAACUUACACGAAAAAUUCGUCACGACUACUUUAGUGAAGAACAAGCUGCAAUGGCUAAAGAAUGAUGACGAAACUCCUCUUUUGAUGACCCCGAGUAGGCUACUGUGAAAUUCACCUCGUGGACAUAUUACUUGUGCAUGCCCUUGAACGUCAUCUUCUUUUUCUCCCUUUCAUUUCCAUUCCCAAUAUCAACAUUUGUAACUGCUUAUCUUGAAUAAGAGAAUGUCAUCAUGAUAUUUUAUGAGUGAAAAUAUGAGUCUUCUAACUUAAAUGUCAAGACCAAUUGAAUAUUA